GUGGCAUCCACAUUCAGCAGUAUCUCUUUGGACAUUUUCUUCUUGUAGUGAAUGGUUCCUUCCCUGCUCUUCCCUAUUCAUUCUCAAUCACCCCUUUUUCUCUUCUCUUUUGUCUCUCUCACUCUGCUCAAUUCAAAACAUCCUUUCCUUCUAAUCCAUCUGGAUAUUGGUUUCUUUGAGUGCAUAAUAUCAGCCUGAAGGUCUAAGUAAUUCAUUAUAUCUAAAGCCACACAGGAAAAGUCAGCAUGCGUUGGUUGGGUCUUUCUGUUGAUGUGUUCCGCCAAGUUAUACAGUUGAACUUAUAUUGUAAAGUUAUUCUGUAGAUCAUCAUUCCCAAAAAUCUGUGCUUAGCUACUGCCAUGGAAGCUAAUUGUUUGAUCGUUUCUUCUGAUAAGUAUAGAAUAGGCUAAAAGAUAGGAAGUGAAGGAACAUUCUGUAUUUUGUAUUUUCAGUAUGUUCUCAUCUCUUAUUAUUCUAAAGUUCUAGCUGAUUCUGAUUGUGUUUAGGUUGGGUAUCUUCAUUUUGAUAUUCUAUUGGGCUUUUCUUCUCUUUGUACAAUAACAUUAGAUUGAUUGAGUAUUGUGGUGAGAAACAAAAGAAGUUAUGGUGUGCCAAGCAGCGAGCCAAACAAGAUUCCGAGCAUUAAAACAUGAGUAUGGCAUUAACGGUGAAGCAACAAUUAUUGUUAGAGUGAUAGCAUGCUUUCAACCUUUGCAUUUUUGUCAGGCUGAGUACUUCCGUCAUUUGCUUAAGCCUGUCACGUAGAUUAAGUCAUAUUUGUUUCUCUUUAAGCUGGAGCUUGUAGUUUCCCCUUUUUCCCUCUUUUUCCUUAGAAAAUCAGGAAGUUAGAAAAGAUCUCUUACAAGAGCACCAUAACAUCUACUGGUCAUUUGUUUUGUUAGAUGGUUAAGGCUGACAGCUCCCUGCCUUGCUCACACCAUGUGGCUUGGCAAUCACCUUCUUUGAAUUACUUAAGCAUGCUGCCUAAGCCCGGCUCACUCGGUCUCCCAACAUAUCUGAACUCAAGCACUUCCAUCUUACCUCAUGGGCUUGCAGCUCCUUCUAUUCAAAGUCUGAGGACUCAGCUAACAAAUGAAGUGCAAGGAUACCUUAAGUAUCACAACGUAGACACAAGCCUGAAAGAAACGCAUCUUGGAGGAGCUUUACAAAAUGCAAAUCCUUCUUUGCAAAAGAGGUUACUUAUCUUUGACCGCUCUGAUAAUAAGACAAGGUUGUUUUAUGGGCAUGUUCCUCCUCUUGUCCAGAGUCCAAUUGUCACUGCUAAGAAGAUUGCUCAAAGUUAUGACGUAAAUGGGGAGGAACAGGCUAGAAUUAUGGGUCAAAAGCAUCUUGCCAGCUAUGGUUUACUGGAAGAGUCUGUUAAGGAUAAUGCAGUUAUUGAAGAAAGUGAAAAGCAUGAAGAUACGGAAGAAAUAAAUGCAUUACUUUAUUCCGAUGAUGACAGCAGUGAAUAUGAUGAGGAUAAUUGUGAUGAGGUAACAAGUACAGAUCGUUCUCCUUUGGCAACUAAAAGGACUUAUGUGAUACAAGAACAAUGUGAGGACUUAAAGGAGGAAGUUGCCAGCUCUUAUUGGCCUAAGAAAAAGAUGAAGUUAAUUACUGGUGGUGACAAUAGGUCAUCCUCACGUGUGGACAAAACUACUGUGGUACAACCAAAUGAAACCUGUGAUUAUGUUAGUGAUGCUGAAUCAAAGAACUCUAGUGGUUGGACAUAUUCUGUUGAUAAAACUAAAGUAGAUGAUUCAGUGGUGUGUGAUAUCAAAUUAAAAAAGGAUAAGAUCCGGGAAUCUUUGAGAGUUCUGGAGAAUUUAAUUCCUGGUGCAAAAGGAAAGGAGCCAAUGUUAGUCAUUGAUGGAACUAUUGAGUACUUGAAAGUUUUGAUGUCCCAAACUGGUUCUCUUGGGGUAGAAUAUCACUAAGUAGUACUCACAGUCAAUCAGUGAGUCAAUCACAGCCACGAAGGUUAUAGUAUGUUGGUUGAAGGACACAUCCAUGGUGAAAAGAUGUAGUUCUUUGAUUUAUUAGCUUUGUUGGUUGAUAUGUUUAUCUUAGCAUGUUUGCAUUUUGUCUUGUUUAACCCUCUUUCUUGAGGAGGUGCACAUAUAUGGUUGGGAAAUAAAGGUACUGAUGUUGAAAUAGAUAGUAUUGCACUUUGGCACUUGGGUUGGAAAAGAGUGCAGGAUAUGGGGUUUCAAUUUGUUGACCAACAUGAUUAUCCUGUAGCUUUUUUUUGAGGAUUAAAGAUCACAGGUUGAAGUGAUGGAGAUGGUAGUGGGGGGCUUUGCUGUAAAUGAGGACACUUUUUUUUCUCUCAAGUGUUGCACUCUCUUGGUGAUUGAAUGCAUGCGCAUUAGGCAACUGGGGUCCCACUCUCCACCCUCCCUUUUCAUUCUUGGGUUCGUGCUUUUGUCCUCUCUUUCAAGGUUGCACGCAUAUCAUGCUGGCAUAUACUCUAAAGUAACAAGAAAGUUUCCUGAUGUUUGGCAGAGCGAGGCUAGUGUUUCAUCAUGAAUUGCUGGGGCCCUUUGUUUGGAUAUAUAGCAUUUUGUGGUAAAGGUUACUUUGUUUUACAUGUUGAUGGAGUGCGGAAUGAUGACAAGCAAUUCUAGUUUCUGCUUUGUGAUUCAUAUUGGUGGUCUAGGUCUCCUUUUGAGGAUGCUAUUAUGAAGCUGUCAGAUGUGAUUGUAUGAAUAAUUGGAGUGUGAAUGGUUAUGGAAGUGUUAUAUGCAUCAGAGUGUAUCAUGGACAUAGUUAUCUGAUGUUGUUUUUAUGUUUGUAAAUAUCAUUUUCUGUCAAUAUGUGCUUCUCCA